AUGACCGCCACUGUUUGUGCAGCGAUUACGGACAAACCUCACUUUGUGCUCUCAAGCGGCGUCACUCUUUGCCCACUCUCGAAGGAAUGUGGCGGAGAGAGAGAGAGUGAAGAGUGGAGU